UGAAUGAAUUUCUUUUCUUGUGUGAUGAUGUGAUCACGUUGUGUUAUUGUAUAUUAAUUUCUUGUAAUCGACCCUUACUACAAGUUUUCAAGAUGGGGAAGCUGGACGUUGCAAUACUGCGCUAUUUAACAGGCGAAGAUUUUCGGGUUUUGACCGCUGUGGAAAUGGGUAUGAAGAACCAUGAGCUAGUGCCUGGAUCUCUCGUGGCAUCUAUAGCCAAUCUUCGUCACGGUGGAGUCCACAAAUUGAUGAAAGAAUUGUGCAAACAUAGAUUGUUGACAUAUGAGCGUGGUAAACAUUAUGAUGGUUACCGUCUCACAAACGCUGGGUAUGACUACUUAGCCCUAAAAGCAUUGACCAACAGAAAAGUGAUUGCCUCAUUUGGAAACCAGAUAGGAGUCGGCAAGGAGUCUAAUAUCUACACAGUCGCUGAUGAAGAUCGCAAUCCACUUUGUCUGAAGCUCCACAGACUUGGCCGCACAUGUUUCCGCAACAUAAAGGACAAACGCGACUACCACGCACAUCGCAACCGUGCGUCCUGGCUUUACUUGUCUCGUAUAUCGGCCACCAAGGAGUUUGCAUAUAUGAAGGCGCUGUACGACAGAGACUUCCCCGUUCCGAAGCCAAUAGACUUCAACAGACAUUGUGUUGUGAUGCAGCUGGUGACAGGGGGACCUUUAACUCAUGUAGCUUCAGUAGCAGAUCCAGAAGGCUUGUACGAUGAGCUGAUGAACCUGAUAGUGCGCCUUGGCAACUGCGGCGUCAUCCACGGCGAUUUCAACGAGUUCAACAUUAUGAUCGAUGAGGAUAACCAUCCCAUCAUCAUUGAUUUCCCACAGAUGGUCUCUACUUCGCAUCCUAAUGCUGAACUUUACUUCGAUCGCGAUGUGCGCUGCGUCCGCGAGUUCUUCAAGAAGCGCUUCGGGUACGAGAGUGACCUGUACCCGAAGUUCAGUGACCUCGAGCGUGAUGAUGAACUGGAUACCGAGAUCGCCUGCUCAGGGUACAAGCGCACUAAGGAUGUGGAUAAUGAAUUGCUUGAGCAAAUGGGUAUUGGUCUUCAAGUUAGUGAUGAUGAAGAGGAAUCUGAUGAUGAACAGGAGACAGAAGCAAACACCAAGAUGACAGAACAAGACCUAGAUGAGCUUAGGAAAGAGGUUGACGCAUCAAUACAAAACGAUGAACGUCCCAUUCAUCAGAUCACCACAAAAACCGUGAACCUAACUAUAGAAGACAGAGAUACUCCAAAAGAACCUAAAAAUGAGGAUGAAGAAGAAAUACCAACACUCGUUGACCCAACCGAAAAUAGUGAUGGAGAUUUAGACAAGAAUUCACAGAAGUACAGACUUGCCAUGAUAGAGAAAGCAUUGUCAGACGUCAGAUCUAUGAGAACUUACACAUCAGCAAGUACUAUAGCCCCAGAAGUAGUGAAGCAGCAAGUUAAAAAGAAUCUAGACAUAAGGCAGAAGAAAAUGGAGAGGAAGAAGGCGAUAGCGAAAGGAGAAGCUAGUGCUGUCACUCGGCAGAGGAGAGAUAACCGAGAAACUAUUCGCGAAAGCCACGGAAUCUGGGGUUGGGAUGAAUAAAAUGUAUUUAUUAUAUUUAA